AACGGAGGGAGUAUCUAGUUGGUAUUAUCCCAUUAAUAUUAGAAGAAUCGUUAACACCUAACACAAAGUUGAUAAGAAAAAAACUUUAAACUCUGCAAUAAGUAGUGAAAUCAUUUGAUUUUUUUUUUUUUUUCAUGGAGUAUUUUUUGUCACUGCCAAAAGAUUGCAUAUCAGAAAUAUUUUCCUUAACAUCACCAAAAGAUGCUGCUAGAUCUACAAUUGUCUCACAAGGAUUUAAGUCAAUUGUUGAAUCUGACGUUGUUUGGGAGAAUUUUUUGCCUUGUGAUUAUCAACAUAUUAUCAAUAUGUCAGAAUCUUUCUUGGUUUAUUCUUCAAAAAAAGAGCUGUAUUUAAGUCUCUGCAAUACUCCAAUUCUACUUGAUGGAAGCAAACUGAGCUUUUCACUUGAUAAGAAGACUGGAAAGAAAUUUUUUAUGGUGGCACCAAAGGAACUUGUUUUUUCAUGGGAUCAUACAUCAAGAUAUUGGGGACUCUCAUAUUACCCAGAAUCCAGAUUCUCAGAAGUGGCUUAUUUCCCGGGUUUCCGUUGGCUUGAUAUCCGUGGAACAAUUGCAAGUCAAAUGUUGUCGAAGAGAACAGCAUACGCUGUGUAUCUGGUGUUCAAAUUAACGCCAGAUGGAUUUGACGGUCUUGAAAUUGGUAAUUCAGUUGUUAGAUUUGUCAAUCAUGAGGCUGAGGAACGACAAAAAAUCAGGAGAAUUGGUUUCUUUAGUGCUCAAAGAAGAGCUGAUGAAUGGAUGGAAAUAGAAAUGGGAAAGUUUUUCAAUGGUGUUGGAGAGGACGGAGAUGUUGAAGCGCCGUUAAUGGAGAUUAGGCGUCGUUUUGGGAUAGGCGGCAUCUUAGUUCACGGAGUAGAGUUUCGACCAGAAUGAAGAAGAGAAUGAGUCUCUCUCUUUUGGGCUAUGCUACACGGAUUCUCUAGAAAUAUUGUCGCACCUGUGUCGGAUCCUCCAAAAAUGCGCUACUUCUGGAGGAUUCGACACACGCCGCGACAAUUUUGGAGAGUCCGAGCAACACAGCUUUUGGAUAGAAUCAAAUUUUUCUGAAUGUGGCCCUUCUCACCAAAUGAUUUGCUAUAUGAAAAACUAUUUGUUCUGGUGCCUCCUGCAAAUGUAAUUGUUCCAUAUAUGUUCCAUCUAUAUACUACUAUAAGUUUGUUUGUGCAGCAUUACCAAGAAACCGGGGAGAUCAGUUUCCUUGUAAUAUAUUGAUAUUAGGUGAAAUGUUGGUUCCAUUUGUACUGGUACAUCAUUUGGCUAAAGGAAAUUUUGAGUCAUAUUUCCUUGGGGUGAAUCCUGAUGCACAGAAUAUGCAUUAUAGGAAUGCAAAAUAGUCCCUCAAGUUUGGCCUCAAGUUCAAAAAUGUCCCUUAUGUAUAAACGGGUGCACUAAUAGUUCUUUAAGUAUGUAAAACUGGUGCACUUUUAGUUCAAGCAAACUAUUUCCGUCUAUUUUGACAGAGUAUGUAAAACUGGUGCACUUUUAGUUCAAGCAAACUAUUUCCGUCUAUUUUGACAGAGAUUGAGCUUGGUCAGUUUGUGCUUUGGUUGGUUAGUGAACAAUGGAGUGUCAAGGAGGGUGGCGAAGCUCUUGUUUUAUCGGGCAGAGGCGGAUCAAGGAUUUGAAGUUUAUGAGUUCCUAUAACCACCUCAAAUUAAUAUAUUGGGCUCACGUUCACAAUUAAAUAUCUAUAGAUAUCUAGUAGAUAUUUAAUACGUAUAUAGGAUCUGGCCAAAGCUACUGGAUUCCUGUGUACCGGCAUAUUACUCUCUGGAUCCGCCUCUGUUGUCGGGGCUCUUUUUAUAAGCAGCUCACUGAAGGAUUCAGGACGAACUAGACGGGAUUAGUUUGCUUGAAAUAAAAUGCACCUGUUUUGCAUACUCUAUUCAAGGACAGUUUUGAGUCGACGGCUAAACAUAAGGAACUAUUUUAGACCUUAUCUCGAAGGGUAUAUUUAACCCUUUUUUGAUAGUACAGGGGUGUAUUUGACUCUUUUCAAUGUCACUUUUUAUAUUUAGUAACUUUUUACACUCAAUAUCCUACACGACAUAUUUAAGAUCAUAAGAUUCAAAGGGCAUCUUGGUACAUUACACAUCCUUAGCUUAGGACCACAAGAUUCAAAAGUCUUGUCUUUAUUUUUUUAAACUCCGUGUCGAGUUAAACUAAGGCAAACAAAUUGAAACAAGGAGUAUUAUAAAUUUAGAUUUUUUUUUCUUGUUUAAUGUUUGUAACAGCUUGUAUCUCCUCAUAAAUUACAAACAACUGCAGAAACAUCAAUUAACUCUUGUGAUAAAGUCAAAUCAUGGGGAAAAUCAAACGAUAAAUCUUCAGAACCAGGGGCAUGGCUUGCUGAAGGCCGAAAGACUUUAACUCCACGGGGUGGAGAAUUUCUCAGAAAUAUGGGAAAUGAUAUAGACGCGAUUGGAAAGGAUUAUGCAACCGUCUUUGAGGGUUUUAUUUCACAGUUGCCCGUGCAGCAGCACAUUGAUUUGAAGUUUCUCAUGUUUAAGCUCAACUUCACUGAGUUCUAUAGUCAGUUACAGCCAAUUACAAGAGGGAAGCUUUUCUAGCGUCGUGUCUAUUACACUUUCUGAUUUGCAGUUUCAAAUUCGCGGUUGCUCUUUCAUCACCUGCAGACAGUUAUAGGGAGGAAGAUCUGUGCGACCCAGCAUCUAUCACAGAUGUUUCAUUACCUUGUACACGAUGAAAGACCACUUGUUGGCCACUCUAGCCCAGGCCUUAGGAGUUUGGAUGUCAUUGUUUGGCUUUAGGCGUUAUAUCUCCUCGCAUCAUUUGGAUUUUCCCGAUAGUUUUUCCACAUCAAAUUCUCUCCAUUGUCCGUUUACGUCACUUUUCCAACACAGGUGUUGGUUGGUGCAUUCUUGAUUGAGGAGACGGGUAUAUUGAUGCUACUAACCAUCAUGCAACAUUGUAGGUCUGUUUGGGGUUCUAUUUGUUUAUUUAUUUUUGCUCUUUUUCGCUGCUAUUAGUAAGCGGCCUGAAGCUUGUAUAUCUGUAAUAUAGUGUUUGUUCGUCAAUUGGUAAAAAUUGACCAACCAAUCAGCUUUUCGUUUUUCA